AUGGAGACAGAAGAGAGGGACGAUGUAUCACAAAAACUCACCGUAAAUAUAAAGGCAGAGACAGUAGAUGAGACCUCUGGCCACACCUGUGGGGUGUGUGGCCGAAGCUUUCCUCUUCUUAGCUCUCUGUCGCAGCACAUGAGGAGACACACACGGGAGAAGCCGUACAAGUGUCCGUACUGUGAGCACAGGACGGCUCAGAAGGGCACUCUGAAGGCCCACAUCCGAAGCCAUAAACUAGGCCUAUUCAGCCAUAACCUCAGUGAAAAGGAAGGGGGUGGAGAUCAAGAGCAGAAUAAUAACUCCAAGACACCGGACCCUCCUGAAAUUGUUACCACAUCUGACAAAGCUCAUAAUGUCAACAGGAAAGUGAAGAAGAAGAAAGGAACAAAGAAAAAAGUUAAGGUUAAAGAUGCGAUCGAGGUCAGUGAUGGGGCUGAGGAUGGGUCCUGUACCUGCACCAUUUGUGGCCAGGUUUUCCCUCAGGUACUGCUCCUUAAGUCCCACAUGAAAAGGCACCGCAAUUCACAGGAUCAUGGUUGCCGGAUUUGUGGACGCCGUUUCCGCCAGGCAUGGUUCCUCCAAAGUCAUAUGCGCAUUCACCGAGUCAAAGCCCAGCUAAGAGGUGGCAAAAGCAAUGAGCUGCCUGCCACUAUCAAUGGAGUUCCUCAGGACUCAGCGUCACUGACAAAUGAAGAGUGCCUCUUUGAGCUCUGUGCUGGCUGUGGUAACUUCUUCUAUGACCGCAAGACAUUACGAAUACAUGAAAAGCUACAUAAACCGACCAACAGCCGCACUCAGACACAAAAUCUACCACAGGAAGACAUUGACGCCUCUGAGAUGGACAUUGAUAAGAGGCAUUUUUUGGAAAGCCUGAACCUCACAUGUGCUGGACCAAGGGAAACAUCUGAGGACAAGAGCCUGGGCAGGCGAAUUCCAGAGCUGGAUCCAAUUUGUAGUUACCAAGCGUGGCAGUUGGCCACAAGGGGACGACUAGUGGAGGCCACGGAGAAAUGUCUGGGAUGGGAGGAGAGGCUAGCAGAUGCCGAGGUGGCAUACGACACAGAAAAGGGCGAGUAUGUACCGCUGAAGCAGGAGAAGAAGAGGAAGCAAAUCGACACCUCCAGCUCCAACAUUAAGAAGAUAAAGGGUGAAACAGGCCUUGUUCACUCAUCAAACAGCUUGGCUCCCACUAAAGGUGGUGACAAGAAGAUCUCUCAGAAAGACCGUAUUUUGUUAAACGGACUUGGUCAUGCGUUUUAUGAGGCGCUGCAGACUAAGAAAGUCAAAGAUGUUCACCUCACACCCAGACACACCAACAGCACCAGGAGUCAAGACCAGGAGGAUAAAAAAACCUUCUCCUGCGAGCACUGUGAUUUCCAUACUGUCGACGCCUCACUACUCAGGUCUCACCUGCACACGCAGCACCAUGACCUCCUGGGUCCCUACAGCAGAAACAGCACCAUUCUGGACAACUGCAAUCAGAGUGGUUCCAAAGCCUCACGAUACAUGGACUACCUCAGAAACAGGAGUUUGCUGCUCAGUCAGCCAUACUGGAAUCCUUACACAUGUCCGCCUGGCCCCGGGUCGGCAGAAUCCAACAUUAAAACAGAGAAGUCAAAUGGUACUGAGGUCAAAGGGCAGGGCCGUACUACUAAUGACACUGGAAGUCUUCUUAAUCUGUCUUCAUUACCCAUAAGUGAAGGCGAUGGCACUGUUAAUGAUCCAAUAAAGACAGAGGGUCUGGUGAGACAUCAGUGCCCAUACUGCUCCCACACUUCCAACUACCCAGAAGUACUGUGGAUCCACCAACGAGUUGCACACAGGGUGGAUGGCAGCAGCUCCAUGGCACCAAAGUGGGCACCCUGCACUUACAGCCAUAAGAGUCUAAAGGCAGGUGCUACCCAGUGGAGACGCACAGGGCCUCCACCAUUCCUUGAAGGCAAGGACUGCCCCGCUUUACCUGCUCCAAGAACUCAGCGCACACAGCCUCCAGGUUUGACAACCAACAGCAGCAGCAGCAGCAGCAGCAGCAGUAAGCACUCAGCUCCCAAGACACAAUCAGGCAUCCCAAAGUCCAAGAAUCAGUCUAAGGACUCACGCUCUUCAGAUAAAACACAGUCUAGUGGGAGGACGGGACUCCUACCUCAAAAGAAGUCGGGUGAACAUAACCGGGCAGAAAAGGGGGGAAGUAAAAGCUCUAGCACCCAAGCUACUUCAUCAAAAAGCAUUGUGCACAGCAAGAGUUCCCCUAGUGUCCAGCCUACAAACAGCCCCAAACACAGAGGCCACAGAGCUGCAGUGGAAGGAAACUUCCCACAGGAGGGUUUGGGUUUCAUUUUGGCCAGAAAUCAUGGCGGGACCUCAACUAACGUUUCUGCGGAUAGACCCCAACCCCGAAGAAAGUCAUGUGACUCUUCUUCAGGUCCAAAGGUUCCUGAUCUGUGGGCUGCCAUGAACAUGUGGGGUCACAAGGGAUAUUUAGAGCCAGUUCGUUUUGCUCAGGUAAAGAACGAAUCAACAGCAGAAAUGCCAAUGGACUUUGAUAUUUUGAGUCUCCUGAAAAACUACAGUCCCCAUGAUCUGGCUGCUCUUUACCAACACUGGGGGUUUGUUGAUCCCAGGAUUGAUCCACAAGCAAUGUUGCAGUUAAAUGGAAAUUUUGGCAAAGAAGUCCACUCCACCACUGAAGCUCCCAAAGAAGUCAACAGCCGCUCCACUUCCUCCUCCGGGUCUCUUCAUAAAGGAACGUGAAGUUACAACGUGUUCCUGUUUGCUUCCAGCCUGCAUGAUAGUGCUGAA